GAGGAAGAGAGAGAGGAGGGGAGAGAACGAGGAGACGAUCUCGAGUUCUAGGGUUUGGAUCCAUGGAUCCCUUCUCCUCCUCUCCUCUUCCUCUUCCUCUUCCCUGAGACGACUCUCAUCCUCUCUCCGCGACCCUGCUUUCGAGACCCAUGGCGGAUCUGGGGAGCUCGUCGCCUCUCAUCGCUCCGGCGAAGCUGGCGGAGCCCGGCGAGAUCGACCUCGAAGCCGGCGAGGAGGGACAGCUCCAGUGCCGGAUCUGCCUCGAAACAGACGGUAGGGAUUUUAUCGCCCCGUGCAAGUGCAAGGGUACUUCCAAGUAUGUCCACCGCGAAUGCCUCGAUCAUUGGCGAGCUGUUAGGGAGGGUUUUGCAUUUGCCCACUGCACAACCUGCAAGGCUCCUUACUACUUGAGGGUUCAUGUCCAUGCCGACAGGAAAUGGAGGACUCUGAAGUUCCGAUUCUUCGUUACUAGAGAUAUAUUGUUUAUCUUUAUGUUAGUUCAACUUGUAAGUUUCUGAGUGUGAACAUGAACUUAAGUUCCUGA